CUCUGCAAUUGAGUAAUUUUGAUUUUUCAAACUAAACUUGCUAUUUUUUAUUUAUUGUAGGAAGCAGGCAGUUUAACUGUGAAUGCCUAUCAAAACCCAUUAUUUAAUACGUGGUUAUAUAUAUAUACAUAGUCUAAGUUAAAGUAGAAAAAAGGUUACAUUAAGUUUAAAAUGCUCCAGCGAAAUAUUCGGUAUAAUCUAGUAAAUACCUUCAUGAAAUCUUUUCAAGCAAGAUAUGUUACGAAACCACCAAAGCCCGAGAUUCCAAGUAAUCCAUUAAAAAAAAUAUAUGCAGCUAAUGAGCAAAUGGAUAAUGGCGUUAUAUAUGAUAAGAAACCCUUUAAAGUGUCUUUGCAAGAAGGGAAAACCUAUGCCUGGUGUCUAUGCGGCCGGUCAAAGUCUCAGCCACUCUGCGAUGGCACACACAAAGAUGUUUAUCUAAAGAUUACACAAAGACCUAUAUUAUUUAAAGUCGAGAAAACAAAGGAAUAUUGGCUUUGUAACUGCAAGCAGACUAAAAACAGACCUUUCUGUGAUGGAACACACAAGAAUAAAGAAAUUGCUGAAACAACUGUUAGAGUUUAACAUGACAAAAUGUUAGAUAGGUUUCUAUAGAAUUCCUAAAAUUUAUUAAUUUAGUUAAACCAAUAAAUAAUAGCAUUCUGUUUCAAAAUU